AGGUAAUACAUGCCUUCAAUUAACCUAAUGAUACAGAGGUUAUUUAAUGCAUACGUGAGUUAUUCCCAAUGUGACAGAUAUCGCUACUGUAGCUAGACUAAUGUCUCUGUUAGUUAUAUGGUUAUCGCUAACGAUCUGUUUCACACACUCCUCUGAAAGUGGACCCAGGCCAGUCUAACCGAGGUGAGACAAGCGCUCGUCGAGAGACUAGCCUAACACACGCUCCAAGCUUCAACGGAGUCCUGUUGUGACAAUAUAGUGUAGCAAGGGGACUCUCUUGCACGGCUCCCAUGUCUCAAAUUCCUUGGCUAUUUUUCCAUGAAUAUUAACAACUGUCUGCGAGCACAAAGCCGGGUAUAUGCAGUGUAUCGAUAUCAAUGAUUUCGAAUCGAGAUAUCGGCUUUUUCAGCCGGGACUGUUUAUAAAACGGCGGGGAGGUGCCUUCUGGACACGAAGCCUCUGCCUUCAGAAGGGUGACAUCAGGAAGCCGCUUUCUAGUUCGAGUGCUGAAGUUCCUCUGUGACGAUGGGUGUCUGUGAGCAGUUGUACAACAUGCUGGCUCUCGUAGUGUUGCUGUUACCUUUAUGUACAGCGGAACUAGUGGGCAUCAGUGCAUAUUAUGGUAAAAUAGUAGACAGACAUAAUGAAAUCAGAAGAGAAGUUGGCGCUUCCGACAUGCGGGAAAUGGUGUGGGAUGACGGCCUCUCCAAGGCUGCUGAGAACUGGGUGAAGAGUUGCCGAUAUGAGCGCGCUCCCUCCUACAUCACCGACUGUGGCCAGAACCUGUACUAUGCAAACCACCUCGUUCAAACGUGGAAUGGAAUUGAUCGGACCGUCCGCAAGGCCAUCGCGACGUGGGAUGGUGAUAAAGCCUACUUCCGGUAUGGAAAAGACUGUGGCAGUGCGUGCGCGUACUCGCAGGUGGUGUGGUCCACCUCCACCAGGGUCGGGUGUGCUAUGAACAGAUGCUACCGGAUGCAGGCUGGCGCUUAUGAGAAGCGUUACACGACGCUCUUUGCUUGCUUUUAUUCCCCAAAGGGUGAAAUGACAAAUGAUUUCCCCUAUACCCCUGGCUUGGCGUGUACCAACUGCCCUCUGGGGUCGAUGUGUGAAGCUGGUCUGUGUAAGAUACAGACCUUGCAAGCUCAGAACAUACUCGGACCUGAAGUCGCUCCCGGGGGUAGUGGAGUGGACAACGUUCCAGUGAGGGUGCCCGCCAUUGAACCGCCUGUUGUUCCAUCGGUCUGCUUUGCCAAUAUGACAACCCAAGAAGUGCACUUUAUCCUGCUCGUCACAAACAACCUGAGAGCCAAAGAUUCGGCUUAUCCAGUGACUUGGAGUGAUGAGCUGGAGCAAUGGGCGAACUACGUCAUCCGCUGCGACAUUGAAUACCCAGGACCCCGCACUGCCUACACCAACUUUGGGAAAACAGGCGCAACGAACCCCCUGUACCAGCUGGUGUAUGAGUGGGGGGACGAGGGCAGCAACACAGUAACCACGCUGUUGACAGCGGGGUGUCGGACACCAGACGACGUUGCAACAUGCAACCACAACACCAAUCUGAUGGCGACAACCAACACACGUAUGGGCUGUGCAGCCUGCGUGUGUGGUCUCCAACGACAGCUCACCUGCAUAUAUGACUCCCAGGCUGUAUGAAUGUGAAAUCUUCCCAACCAUUCCAUAUGUCGACAGACACAUCUACUAACACUACCGACCACAGCAGCGGAGGUUGAUCGGCCGUAGAAAGAAAGGGAUUGUUUAGUACUGACAGAUCGCCUCUGUGUAAAAACCAACCGUAAUUGAUAACUUUUUAAAAAGUUCAACGUGACAGCAAUUAAGCCUUACUAUUAGCAGUGAAAUAUAUCAACAUGAAAUAGUAUAAUCAUUAAAAAAUCAGUUAUCUCGUUUGGUUUUAAACCGCGGUGACUAAUACUUU